CUAUUAUUUACAGAGAUUAAUCCAACUUCUCCUGUAGAAAAGACUUAUUUUACAAAUCAACCAGGAGACACCCAUCAAAAUGUGGUUGUUACUGAAGCAGGUAUAAUUCCCAAUCUAAUUUAUGUCGUUAUACCAACAAUCCCACUGCUUUUAUUGAUACUGGUCGCUUUUGGAACCUGCUGUUUCCAGACGCUGCAUAAAAGUAAAGGAAGAACAAAAACUAGUCCAACACAGUCCACACUGUGGAUUUCAAAAAGCACCAGAAAAGAAAGUGGCAUGGAAGUAUAAUAAUUCACUGACUUGGCUCCAAAACAGAAAAUAGCAUUUUCUAAUUCUGGAUCUGCAUCAGGAAUGGCAUCAGAACAUUAGCUUGGAAUGGCUUGAAAUCUCAAAGGAUCUGCAAGGUGAACUGUAAGCUCCCCCUUGAGGCAAAUAUUAAAAUAAUUUUUAUAUGUCUGUUAUUUCAUUUACAAAAUGCGCUGUGCUAAUAAUGGAGUGAGACAUGCUUAUUUCGCUAAAGGAUGUACCCAAACUUCAAGUAAAUGGAAUGGACCGUGCAGAUAAAAUUGCUGUCAGCACAUCAGAGAAGUGGAUGUGUUGAAAGCAGUUAUUUUUGUUUCUGUCACUUUUCAUAAGUUAUAGUUAAUGUAAUGUAAAUUGUACUAAAAUUUACAGUGUGCAAAAAUAUUUUACCUUUACAUACGUGUUUGAUAAAAAUGGACUGUUCUAGUAUUUAUUUUUAUGGUGUUUCAUUUUUCAAUACAUGCUGUUCUGAUUAAAGAAAGGUAUCACUGUUUUCAAACUGAAUCCACACACACAUAGAUCUAUUACCAUAGAAGUUUCUUUUAUAGAAAUGGUUCAUCUUUCAGUUUCUCUGCUUUGAGGUCAGACAAUGUUUAGGAAAUCUUCAGAAAUAUGAAGCUAUUUCAUUAACUGUGGUGUAAAUUUACUCAAAUAUUUUACUUAGAGGCAAGAAUUGUCUAAUUUCAAUUGUGCAAGACAUGUGCCUUACACUUAUUUUUAGUUUAAAAUUCAACAGAUUUUGUAAUAACUUUGUUAAUAGCUGUAUCGAGAAUAUUACACUCAGUCUAGAACAAAACAAAAGUGGUGUAUACAAUAUAAAUCGUAUGUCUUCACAUGUUGCCUAUAUAACCACAAGUAGCUCUCUGAGGGUUCUGGAAUCAAUUUGGUCCCUCCCUUGUCCACAAAACAAAGAUGGUUGUUUGGGGAUGGGGAUUAACACCGGAAGCAGAUGGCUGCAGAGCAGGCCUAAGGUUUUCCCAUAGCUCUAUCAGCCUCUAUCGGCAGGGAAAGUGGUCUCACGGUUGGGACCAGGUAUGUGGUCACCAUCAGUGUGGCAGUAAGCACAGCACACGGAUAUUUCACCAAGGAGAGAAACUAUGAAUUCCUGUGAACAUGGGUUGGAGGGCAUCAGUGAUCAUGUGUUCGUGUUGAGGAUUUGCCUGAGAGAGUGAACUGCGGCUCCUCUUCUCUUCUCUUCUCUUCUCUUCUCUUCUCUUCUCUUCUCUUCUCUUCUCUUCUCUUCUCUAGUUUCUUCAACACUUGUGGCUCCUUCUCGAGAGACUUGUAACUAUCUGGUCUUUAAAUG